AUGAUGGCGAUGGACCAGGACCAAAACGAACAUCAGCAAUCCGCUCCAUCGCUUUUAGACGAAGAUGGCAAUGCUAAUGAUGUUGUACUACCGAAACAUGUAGUGGAACUCAUCCGGGUGGAUGAGACAUUCGACAUAGAGAACUUGGCAGACGAUAUGGAACGUCUCGGUGGAAACGAACAACCACAGCAGCAGGACAAAAGCAGCAAUUAA